UACGGUCGAAAACGUUGGUUGGUUGGUCUGGUCUUCCCUUCACACUAAAACUCGACGACGCAAAUAUUCUGCGCACUGUCUCUCGAGGUUCGUAAAUUCCUCCCAAACCUAUACAUACGCCUUUAUCUGUAUCUAUAUCCCAAGUCUACAAAUAAAGAUUCAUACUUUAGGUCUUAUUUCCAAGAUUCUUGAAUUCUUUAGCUGUUAAGUCAAAGACUUAAUUUUUAAUCAAAAUUGUUGAAAUUUAGUAGAUUUAUGGAUCUGGGUAUUGUUAAAAAAAGCUUGGAUUAUGGUCAAAAGAGAAAAAAAUGGAUAAUUAUAUUAACAGCUUUAGGGUUUUCAACUUAUGGUGCUAUUAGGGUUUAUAAUUUGCCUUCUGUUGUUAAAAAGAGGGAAAGAUUGGUUCGGGUUUUAGGCGCUUUAGUUUCGAUUGCAGAAUUGUUGGGUGAUUCUGCAGAGACAAUUAGUAUUGUUUCUAAGGAUUUGAAAGAGUUUAUACAGUCUGAUUCUGAUGAAAUUCCGAAUAGUUUGAAACAGUUGUCGAAAAUUAGUAGGUCUGAUGAGGUUUGUGACAGUAUAGUUAGCGUUACUCGAGCUUUGACUGUCGGGAUUUUGAAGGGUUAUAAUAGGGUUGGGCCGAGAAAAGGGGAUAAUGGGGUCGGUUUGACUGAUAAGGUUUUGGAGAAGGUGUUUUCACCAGCUGGGUCGGGUUUUGUUUCUGUUGUUGUUGGGAGUUUUGCUAAGAAUUUGGUUAUGGCGGUUUAUAUGGGUAGGGAGGUUGUUGAUGGUGGUUCGACGAGUUCAGAGAGUUCGGUGCAAAAGUGGGUUGAUGUGAUAGCGGAAGAGAGAUGUAAGAGACUAAUUGGGGAUUGUAUUCAGCAGUUUGUGAGUACGUUGGUGACGGUUUAUCUUGAUAAGACGAUGGAUGUUAACCCGUAUGAUCAGAUCUUAGAAGGUUUGACAAAUCCUAAACAUGAAGAUAAAGUAACGGAGUUGUUGACUACUUUUUGCAAUGGUGCUAUAGAAACACUUGUUAAAACUUCUCAUCAAGUUAUGACGAAUUCUAAUGGAAAAGAAGUGAUGUUGAGUGGAAAGAAUUUGAAGAAAAACCAGAGCAAUGGGAUUGUGAGCAGGAUUUCAUCGACCUUAGCAGUCCCUAGUAACAGAAGGCUUGUUCUUGAUGUAACUGGACGGGUGACAUUUGCAACUGUAAGAUCUUUCUUGGAUUUUUUCUUGGACCAGUUAUCCACGGGUAUGAAGAAAAAGGUUGAUGUGGUUCACGAAGAGGCGAUUGACAAAGGGCGUGAAGUUUAUAGGUACGUGAGUACAAAAUCUUUUACUGUCAUGACUGUAUGUCUGUCUGUAUGGUUACACGUAUUAAGCAGUCCAUGGAGUUUUGUUUCAGCAUAAGCGUGCAACAAAAAUCUUUUAGCCUGAAUUCAUAUAAUACGAUACAAAUGUGUGUAUAUAUUUUGUUAAUUGAAAAAAAUGAACUCUUUAGAGUCUUCAUUGUCUGAUUGUCUCUGUUGUAGUUGUUUUUUCGCGAUAUAGCUUUUAUUAGACCAGGGCUUGUAUCUUUGUAUCAGAUUACAGAGACAUUGAUUAUAAUCUAUGAAAUUUCAUCCCUCGA